UACAUCACUGCUAUUUGUGGCUGAUAAAUUUCUUCAUUUUGUUGGAGUUAUAAUCUCGUAUCUUGUUCAUUUUAUUUCUGAAGAACGUACAUAUUUUUAUUAGUAUUAAAAUUUUGCAAAUAUUAUGACAAUUCUACGCAUUGGAAAAAUUUUAUUUGUCAAACAAGUGCAGAUUGGUCGAAAACCACAGUAUUUUGCAUCCGAUACGAAAUAUUAUUGUUCCUAUGUUCCACAAAAUUAUGAAUUCAUUAAAGUGGAAACUGCUGGAGAAAAAAAAAAUAUUGGUUUGAUUACUUUAAACAGACCAAAAGCUUUAAAUGCUCUUUGUGAAAAAUUGAUAACUGAAUUAAAUGAUGCUAUGUUAAAAUUUGAUACUAAUAAUAAUAUCGGAGCUAUAAUAAUUACAGGCAGUGAAAAAGCAUUUGCAGCUGGUGCUGACAUUAAGGAAAUGAAGAACAAUACUUUUGCAUAUAAUAUUAGAAAUAAAUUUCUUAAUAAUUGGAACAUUUCUGAAAUAUCAAAACCAGUAAUUGCUGCUGUAAAUGGAUAUGCUUUAGGUGGAGGUUGUGAAUUAGCAAUGAUGUGUGAUAUUAUUUAUGCUGGAGAUACAGCAAAGUUUGGUCAACCUGAAAUCACUAUUGGUACCAUACCUGGUGCAGGUGGUACUCAAAGAUUAACUAGAAUAAUUGGCAAGAGUAAAGCAAUGGAAAUGGUAUUAACAGGCAAACAAAUCAACGCUGAAGAAGCAGAAAAAAAUGGUUUGGUUAGUAAAAUUUUUCCAGCAAACAAGCUUAUUGCUGAAGCAAUUAAAUUGGGUGAGAAAAUUGCUUCUCAUUCUCAAUUAAUUGUUGCUAUGGCAAAAGAAUCUGUUAAUAUUGCUUAUGAAACUACUUUAAAAGAAGGACUUCAUUUUGAAAAAAAUAUAUUCCAUGGUACAUUUGCAACGGAUGAUAGAAAGGAAGGGAUGACAGCAUUCAUUGAGAAAAGAUCACCUAAAUUCAAUAAUCAAUAAAAGGCACUUAUUGUUUUAUUUUUUUUUAAUAUACAAUUAAAUACUUAUUUUUAUAACAUUAUAUAUAUUUUUUAUAUUUGUUAAAAAAAAUGUUUUAUUAAAUAUUUUUUCUACAAAAAAAAUAGAAACGAAAUAAUGCUUGUAAAGAAUUUUUAUUUAAUCAUUACCUUUACAUCUAAUAUCAAUUCUUGAAUAUAAUACAUAUAAUUAAAGAUUCAUAUCAGGUAAAUGUAAUUCUUAUGAAAUUUUUAUAAAUUCUUGAUGUCGUAAAAGAUAUCCAAGAAUGAUAGGAACAAUAAAAUUUUACACCAACAUCAUUAUAUAAUAAAUAUCAAACUUUAUAAUAAUGUAUAUUUCAUUUGUUAUAUUAAAGUUGAAAAUCUUUUAUAAUUUUAUAUUCAGAUUUUCUCGGAGAAUCGAAAUUAUUUUAUAGUAUAAAAUGAUGUUCCCAUUUUUAUUAUAUUUUUAAAAAAUAAUCAUGAAAAUUUUUUAUUUUUAUUUGUAUUUUUUUUUGUUCUAAAGAAAUAAUUUCAUUAUUAUUAAAAUAAGCACUUUGUAUACAAUAAAUAUAUUUGAUCAAUUUUACAAAAAAAUAAUAGUAUAAAAUUGGAACGAGUUAUUUAAGAAUACUUUAUAUGUCGAUCCUCUUGCAAAACCUGUUUGACUAGCUAAUACUAACAAUAUACAUGAUGAAAGAAUUGUGCAUA